AUGUACGUCAAGGAGAGGCUGCAGGGCCUCUCUGGCCUGUCCUGCUCCUCCGCGGCCUCCACUGGCCGCGCCAUCGACCGCCACUCUCCGCGCCUUCGUGACCCUCGCCGGCGUCUUCCGCCAUCCCUGCCCAAGCCACCCAGACCCAGCUCCCCCUUCAGUAGUACCAUAGAUUACUCCUCCUCCCUGAAGCAGCAGCAGCAGCUUUGCCACUACGACGACGAUGGCAAAGUCAGAAGGAAGAAGAAGAGCACCGCAGCAGCCGCUGGUAGGGGUAGCUCGUCGACGUCGUUGUCAGAGCAUAGGAAAAAGAAGAAGAAGGCGGUGCAGCUGCAGCAGGUGAGCCCCGCGAGCUCGUCCAGGUUCCUGCUCAACUCCUCCAGGCUCAUGAUGCAGUCCGACGACGAAAUCACCGUCGUCGACUCCUUGCCGCCGCUUCCGUCCCCGCGGCCCUACUUCAUUGACGACGCCGGCGACGACAUAGACAUAUUCCCACCCAGCCACGGCGGUGCCGUGUUGUCGGCUGUUCCAUCCAGUCCUGAGCUCGUGGCGCCGCCGGUGGACUUGUUCGCUGAGCCGUCUGCAUCAGGUGCAGGGUCGUCCUCCUCCUCGUUAGAAAUAGGAGGAAGCCAUGUCGUUGCCGGUGGCAACACUGUCAUGGUGAGAUCAUGUUCCACGAGAACAGGCCAGCACCAGGUGGUGGUUUUGAGGGUAUCUCUGCACUGCAAGGGGUGCGCUGGCAAGGUGAAGAAGCACAUCUCCAAGAUGGAAGGCGUUACUUCUUUCGACAUCGACAUCGCGACGAAGAAGGUGACGGUGGUGUGA